UUGAAGAAAUUUAUCUGGAAUAAAACUAACUGGGGAGAUUUCCUUCGUGUUAAUGCUUCACGAGAAGAUCGUGUAACCUCAAAAUAUUCUCAAAAUAAUUUGCUAAAACGAAAAUCUAACAAAGUACCAGUUAUGGCUACUGAAAAAGACUAUUUUUCUGAUCAUGCUAUUAAAUUGCCUGAUGUUUAUAAUUUUAUGCUGAGGACUUUGAUUAUGCUCAUCGGAACUGCAUUUCUCAUACUUGGUAGAAUAAAAAUAAUGGGAUUUGAGCUUCCGCAUUUUACUGAAUUCGACAAUCCUGCUGCUCAUGCUGAUACUCUCACUCGCAGACUUACACAUCUCUAUCUUAUACCUCUUAAUUUAUUUCUCAUGAUCUGUCCUAUUUGGCUCUGUGCCGACUGGACCAUGGGGAGUCUGCCUUUAGUUCGUUCAUUAAAGGAUCUUCGUAAUUUAUCGACCGUUAUAUGCUUUAUUAUCUUCAUUGCACUCGGAAUUUGGGCUAUUAGUCCCAAAAUUCUGAAGCGCCAUGGGAGAACCCUAUGUAUGGCUCUCGGAAUGUUAAUAAUACCCUUCAUCCCAGCU